GAGGUUUCGAUUGAUACAGAAAUGGAAACAUUGCUUCAUUUGCACAAAUACAUGUUAGUUUACUAACAUCGUGCAUUGCGAUUACAGCGGAUAAACAAUCUUCGACGAUUGCAGGGCAUCAGUGAGUACAAGAAGAAAUUUAAAGACCGGGUAGCGCGCUCCAGAAGCGCCUCUCCUCAGCGACGGAUGCGCUUAGCUGGACUUCGAUCUGACCAGAUGGGUAUCAGUAGAGAGCCUCAGUUUCUGUCCAAGAGGAAGGUGCCCUCCUCCCACACGCCCCAGGUGUCCAGCUCCUUCCAAUGGAACCCCACCACCACAGAGCCCCCACAGAGACGGGAUGAGACCCCCAGACCUGGUACCUCUCCCCUGGCUCCUACCCCAGAGCGAGUCCACACCCCUCUGGCCCCUAGGGGUCCCCCUCCUCCAGGGGACCCUCAACGAGGCCCGACCACUCUUCAGGGCCAGACUCACACCCGGAGCCCCCUGGCUACUGUAGAGAGAAAGGACCAAGCUUUCAAUGGGGUUGACCAUGUGUUGAGGAGGAAGGCAGGGCUGAAGUCGUCUGGACAGAGGACUGCACUACAGAACUCAGAGUACAGGAAACAGUUUCCGUGGAAAACACCUGUAGCUGGCCACGCCUCCCCACUGCUGGCUGCAGAACAGAUGCUGUACACCAGCCACCGGUCCAUCCCUCCCUUCAAGUCGAACCCGGUGCUGGUGUUGGAGAGUGAGUACAGCAGGAAUUUUAAAGCCUCUCCUCCUCCCAGAGGACCACGACUACGCAGCCAUGUAGACGGGGACCAGGUGCCUCUGUUCCAGAGAGAGAAUGUUUCACCUGAGAAAGCAUCAAAGAGCAAGCGGAAGAAGAAGAGGGAAGAGAGAGAGAGAAAGUCCAGCGUCGUAGCAGAGAACAUUCCAGUUCCACAGCCUCAGGAGCAACGGGCGGACCAGGAAGUGAAGUCACAGAGCCCCCAGAAGGCACAUCUUUCCCACAGAAAGGUGAAAUCAGAGUAUAACGCCAACUUCCGCUCUCCGCUGAACUACAUAUAUAAGGACGGAGCCUGGGUCAAGGCUACCACGGUAGGAGAGGAGGUCCGAGAGCUUCGUAAGAAAGCGGAGGCCUACAGACAGAGGGCGUGGGGGACCCAUUUCUCCCGCCUCCACCUCAACCAGAUCCUGUCGGACCAGAACCAGCUGUGGGAGGCCUCCACCCCUUCCUCCUCUAACCUCAGCUCUGGGACAGGUUCAGGGGACGGGGAGGAAGACAGCAGCAGGAGCCCUACCCCCCAGGCUCUGGAGCUCGCUAGGGUUGACAGUAGCUCCAGCUCCGUAGCCGGACCCCCUCCCCUCACCCCCGUGUCCAGUAGAAGGAGCUCCACCCGGGGGGCUGGGGACACAGCAGACCUCCCUGGAGCCCCUAACCCUGGAGCCCCUACCCUACCUGUUCAGAGGAGACUAGCCUGGGAGGAGGAGACAGGGGCUGGGGGUGGAACGGGGGAGAAGAGAGAGGAAGAAGAGGACAAGGAGAGAAAGGAUGAGAGAAAGGAGAGAAAGGAUGAGCUGAGGGUGCUGGACCAUCGUUCGUCGUCUGUAGCAGGCUCCCACAGCUCCAGAGAGGGUGGCAGGAUGCCCACACCCACACUGCAAAGGAUCGCUACUCUCCAGAGAACUCACCACGACCUGACUACUCCAGCCACUGGAGGUGCUAUCCUGGUGUCUCCUCCUAAGAUGGAGGCUAACGGUUGGGUGAAGAGAAGUGAACCUCCGUUGGGUAAAACCCGUUCCCCAUUUAAACACCUCUCUCUGGCCUCGCCACAACGAGCAGUCAGACAGAAUGAGGAGAGGAACCAGCCCCAGUCCUCUCCAGCAGCAGGGGUGGCCACUGUGGACCCUCUCCCCCUGAGAGGGGACUCCUGGUCGGGGGAGACCUCUCCAGAGUACCCCCCUGAUCCUCCACCGGAGGUCAAACCCUCCCGUAAACGCACAACCAGCGGACGACCCAACUCCGCCGUUCCUCCACCUGUUAACCGCAUCCAGGGGACGCUCAGAGACCCAGAGUUCCAGCAUAACGGUAAUUUAGGCCUGAGGACGUCUGAGCUGCUGCUGUGUCCUGGUGGUGGCUGUGGAACUGAUGAUGAAGAUGACAGGAUGUCCCAGAUCUCAUCCAGGUCAGCAGCGUCCUGCUCCAUGGCCUCCCAGGUCCUGGACCGAGCCCAGAGGAGGAAAGACCACUUCUGGGGGAAGAGAUAACAGGAAGCACUGACCCCCCCUCACAAUGCAUCCCAAAUUGAACCCUAUUCCCUAUGUAGUGCACUACUGUUAAGAGGAGGAAGGGUGACUUCUGGAGGAAGAGAUAAUA